GGUUUGCUUACUCAAUUUGAUUUGCAAAACAAGGAUUACAGUUUACUACUCUAACAAGGCAGAUAUAUUUCUGGAGAUAUUAUCUAAAGUAUUUACAUUUUUUUCAAUAACCUAAAUCUACAGAUUGGACUAUAUGAUGCACAUUAAAGGAAACCAAUGUUGCUGCUCCUUUGAUGACUGUCGAAACACUGCUGAGUGGCUUCUUAGUCGAACCAGACACCGACCUAAAAUUGGCAUCAUUUGUGGAUCUGGUUUAGGUCUGCUUGUGGACUCAGCAUCAAGAAAGCAAUCUUUCCGUUACGAGGAUAUACCCAACUUUCCUGCAAGCACAGUGGCUGGUCAUGAAGGGUGUCUUGUCUUUGGAGAUCUGAAGGAAAAACCAUGUGUCUUCAUGCAAGGCAGAUUUCACCUAUACGAAGGAUAUUCAAUGUGUAAGGUAACCUUCCCAGUACGGAUAUUUAAACUGCUAGGUGUGGAAACUAUAAUAGUAACAAAUGCAUCAGGAAGUCUUUCCCAGGAUUUCAAAGUAGGAGAUAUCAUGAUUAUCAAGGAUCACAUUAAUCUACCUGGCUUUGCUGGACAACAUCCAUUAUGUGGGCCCAAUGAUGAAAGGUUUGGAAUCCGCUUCCCUUGUAUGUCUGAUGCCUACAGUGAAGAACUGCGCAAACUAGCUCUUGAUACCAGUGUCGAACUUGGUUACUCAGACUUUGUGCAUGAAGGAGUGUACUGCAUGGUCAGUGGACCCAACUUUGAAACUGUCGCUGAAGCCCGUAUGCUGCACAUUCUGGGAAGUGACUCUGUGGGUAUGAGUACUAUCCCUGAAGUGACUGUGGCAAAGCACUGUGGCCUCCGCGUAUUUGGACUCUCGCUCAUCACCAACAAAGUGCCACUGGACUACAGCAGUGAAGAGAAGGUCAACCAUGAAGAGGUUCUCCAGAUCAGCAAAAUGAGGGCUGAAAUGGUGCAAAGUUUAAUCUAUGCAAUGAUUGCUAAAUAUGACAUAAAUGAAUUAAACCAAUCUGUCCAAAUGAAUUGUCAAAAUGAAUAGGCCAAGGCUUCAAAUUCACUAGCAGCACCUGUACUCUUCCAUUUAAGGCAAACUUAUUUUAUUAUUUACAGCAACUGUAUGUUUCAAAAGGAAAAAAACAAUCACCCUUCAUGUAAAUAAUUUUAUUUUUUUUUACCUUUAGCCAGCAAGGUAGCAUAAUGGCACAAAGACUGGGUGUGCAUAGUUCUUCUGUGAGUACUCUGCUUUUCUGUCCACAUCCCAUGAUGUCGAUGUCAAUGAUGUUCAUUCUCAACUGUACAAUACAAAUGCUGAUAAUUCAAUGACUGAUCACAUUUUUUAAUUUUUAAUAACACAUACAUCUCCUGUUUGGUCUCCUUCUGCUUUUUCUUCCUCUUCAUGUUUUUCCACUUCUUUGUGGGGUUGAUGUGCUUGAUCAACCUUCUCCAUACAGCAUGGUCUUUAACCUCGUCUCAGGAAAGCCAUUUUCUUUCACAUCUUCUUUUACUUUAUCCAUCCACUUCCGCUUUGGCCUCCAUUGCCUGCUAUUCUCCUGUAUUUCCAUUCCCAACUCAUUCCAUCUCUUUUGCCAAAAUAUUAAUUGUCUGUCCUGAACUCAUGUCCAUACAACUUUGACCUCCUUCCCUGUACUUUCUUAGAUAUCUCUCUCAUUUUUGUUUUAUCUCUAUUUCCUUUUCUGUCCUUUUUUGUAACUCCACACAUCCAUCUUAACAUUCUCAUUUCGUCCACAUCUAACUUCUUCUCCUGUGCUCCCUUUACUGCUCAUGUUUCAGCUCCAUGCAUCACUGCUGGUCUUACCACUGUCUCAAAAACCUUACCUUUAACCUUUGCCUUAAUUCCUUGAUUACACAAUACCCCUGAUACCUUCUUCUAAUUGUUCCACCCACACUGCACUCUAUGGGUUAUCUCUGCAUCUCAUUUUCCAUCUUGGGCUACUACUGAUCCUAGAUAUUUACAUUUAUCCAUUAUUUCCAACAGUUCUUCCUGCAAGCUGAGGCCUGAGUUUUGUUGAUCAUCAAACCUCAUAUAUUCUGUCUUCUUUCUACUUAUCUUCUACCCUGUAUCUCCCAGCGCCCCUCUCCAUUCUUCCAACCUCUUCUCCACUUUCUCUUUUCUGCUGCUACACAACACAAUGACAUCAGCAAAGGUUGAUUGCUCAUUUAUUCCAUGACUCAACACAUCAAUAACCAUACCAAAGAGGUAAGGACUUAAAGAAGAUCCCUGGAGCAGACCUACUCUAACUGGGAUAUUGUCAGUUUCUCACUACCUGAUACAUAUCCUGGACAAUCUUCUAUUAAUUAAUCUGUAGAUGAGUCGGGAGGUAACUUUUAAAUUGUGCAUUUAGGUCUUGCACUUAAUGUCCUGUCCUCUCCUUCAAUAUUCAUCUGCUGCUACUCUGCUCAUGAUAAACAAAACAGAUGAGCAAUGUCAAAGCAGGACCUGAGAUUUUGUAAUGAAAAAUCACAGUAUAAAAAUAAUUGAAACAGUAUUAUCCUUUCCAAUUCCGUAGUGCAUCCGGGUGCUCCAGUUUCCUCCCACAGUCCAAAGACAUGCAGGUUAGGUGGACUGGCGAUUCUAAAUUGUCCCUAGUGUGUGCUUGGUGUGUGGGU